GUACUCUUCCGGCCAAACUUAUAUAAAUAAAAGUAAAACUAUAUGAUAACAUAUUUCAAGGAACUCCUUAGUCCUUACAGUGCUUACACACAAAUUAAUUAACAACAAAUUCAGCACGUAACCUUAUGUCGGGCUCAUGAGCAUUUCAAGUCAAAAUAUCCGACUGAAUUAUUUGAUCCUGACAACCACUUCAUGCAUGAAAACAAAUUAUACAACACAACACAUCAUGUUAUAACUGCCACCAAAGCCAUUCUGUUAGUGUCCUUAUGCUGCAUGUGAGAUACCCUCGCUCUUCUUCUUUACAUUGUUCAUCUUCUUCACUUUGACAAUCAUGGCUGCAACAACAACAACAACAACCAUGUCAAACAAACAACACAUAGUGAUGCUGCCAUUCAUGGCCCAAGGCCAUCUCAUCCCCUUCGUCUCAUUAGCAAAGCUAAUAGAACAAAGAUACCCUGACUUCACUAUAACCAUUGUUAACACUCCUUUCAACAUCCAAACACUCCAGUCCUCACUCCCUCCACACUCCAACAUCCAUCUCUUAUCCCUCCCUUUCUCAACCUCAAUCCAUGGCCUUCCUCCAAACGUUGAGAACAGUCACUCCCUCACCACUCAACAGCUACCUUCCCUCAUGCAUGCUUCUGAGUUCCUUGAACCUCAUUUCAAUCUCCUCAUCUCCGACUUAUCGAAAACCAGCACUUGCCGUCUUUGCAUCAUCGCCGAUGUUUUCUUCGGUUGGACUAUAUCCAUUGCAAGAAGGCACAAUGCCUUCCAUGCCACAUUCACUACUUGUGGAGCUUACGGCACUGCAGCUUACUACUCUCUUUGGCUUCACCUCCCUCACACUCACUCACCGGAAUCCAUGGUGUUCAGCAUUCCCUGGUUCCCGCCUUCUUUUUGUUUUCACCGAUCUCAGCUUUCAUCUUACUUGCGCAAAGCUGAUGGUUCUGAUGCAUGGUCUUUGUUCUUGCAAAAACAUAUCCGGUUAUCAUUCUCUUCAGAUGCAUUGCUAUGUCACACUGCAGAGGAGGUUGAGCCACUAGGAUUAAGGAUACUCCGGUGCCACACUGGCCUCAAAGUAUAUCCUAUCGGGCCUUUAAACCCCUUGCCGGUCUGGCGAGGAGGAAAGAAGCCGGAGAUGGCUUGUGUAGCAUGGCUUGACACUCAUCCUGCUGGCUCUGUCAUCUAUGUAUCAUUUGGCUCACAAAACAGCAUUUCAGCUUCUCAAAUGAAGUCAUUGGCAGCAGGGCUUGAAGCCAGCAGGAAGCCAUUUGUUUGGGUGAUCAGGCCACCCAUUGGGUUUGAUGUAAAUGGAGAGAUGAAGGAAGAAUGGUUGCCAGAGGGAUUCAGCAAGAGAAUUUCAGAGAGUGGACAAGGCUUUUUAGUGGAGAGAUGGGCUCCUCAGCUUGAGAUACUGGCACACAAGUCCACUGGAGUGUUUAUCAGUCACUGUGGAUGGAAUUCAGUGCUAGAGAGCUUGAGCCAAGGUGUGCCGAUCAUCGGUUGGCCGUUGAUAUCGGAGCAGUUUUAUAACUCAAAGAUGAUGGAGGAGGAGCUGGGUGUAUGUGUGGAGCUUGCUAGAGGUGUGGAGGAUGAAGUUGAGAGUAUGGAUGUUGAGAAAGUGAUUGGAUUGGUUUUGGAUGUAGAGAAGGGGAAGGAGAUGAAGAAAAAGGCUUUGAAGUGCAUGGAGAUGAUGAGUGAAGCCAUGAAGGAUGAUGGUUCUUCACUCAUUGCUCUUGAUGAGUUUAUUAAGAACCUGUUUGGAUGAUAAAAUAAGAUGCAUGUGGUUUAUCUAGUUCUAUGAUGAUAAACUAAGAACCUAU